UUCAUUUUGCACAAAGUUUGAAAAUAAGUUAUCAGAAAAUGAUACUGCAUGGAAAGGGAUAUCUGCACGACCAGUCGGAUAUCGAUAACGCUGUUGACAAUAUUGCCAACCGAUAACUUAUCAUCGGAACCGUGCAAAUGACCGUCAAUUCAAUGAUAUAAUAUUUCCAUCGCAAAAUAUUCUUUAUUGAUAUUUACCGCCGUAUCUGAUAUAACUGACCUCAUAUUAAUGAAUUUAAAAGUAUCUUAAUCCACGCACACACCCGCACACACAAAUCCAAAUACAAACUGUUCACUUCUACAAUAAAAAUUUAUUUAAUCCUUCAAAAACAUUUUCAACAAUCGAACAAUGCGCCAUUCUUGAACAGAAGCCGAGAGCCACACAGUCGCAUUUAAUAAUUGAAUAUUGGGAAACAUUUCUAUUCAAUGAUUGAUUUGUCUUUGUACAAUGGAAGUUUAGAUUGAUCGACUGAUCAAUCAAAAACAUUGAUUAAGCAUUCUGCGACACGAAACGUGAAUAAGGCUAUUAUGAUUGUGCAUCAGAGGAGUCGGUGAUAUAGUGCAAGCAGAACCUCUGUAUGAUGGUGGAACAGCAACGGUAUGGUCUGACGACGUGGCAGGAAGAUAGAUGUAAUGGGACAGGUACGCUAUGGUCUAACAAUGUAGCAUUAGAAUGUCUGUGUCAUUAUGGGGUAGGAACGGUAUGGUCUGAUGUGGCAGUAGGAGGACUGUAUCGUUAUGGGACAAGUACGGUAUGGUCUGACGAUGUGGCAGUAGGAGGACUGUAUCGUCAUGGGACAAGUACGGUAUGGUCUGACGACGUGGCAGUAGGAAGUCAUCAUCAUGGAACAGGUACGGUAUGGUCUGACGACGUGGCAGUAGGAAGUCAUCAUCAUGGAACAGGUACGGUAUGGUCUGACGACGUGGCAGUAGGAAGUCAUCAUCAUGGAACAGGUACGGUAUGGUCUGACGACGUGGCAGUAGGAAGUCAUCAUCAUGGAACAGGUACGGUAUGGUCUGACGACGUGGCAGUAGGAAGUCAUCAUCAUGGGACAAGUACGGUAUGGUCUAACGACGUGGCAGGAGGAGGACAUCAUCAUGGAACAGGUACGGUAUGGUCUGACGACGUGGCAGUAGGAAGUCAUCAUCAUGGAACAGGUACGGUAUGGUCUAACGACGUGGCAAUAGCGUGGCUGCAUCAUAAAGGGACAAGUACGGUAUGGUCUGACGAUGUGGCAGUAGGACACCAUAAUAGGACUAGAUCGGUAUGGUCUGACGACGUGGCAGUAGAACAGCCGUAUCAUCUUACGGUAUGGACUUACGAAGUAGCAACAGAACGGCUAUAUCGUUAUAGGAAAUGACCGCCAUGGUCUAACGAUCCAGCAGUAAAGUGGCCGUAUCAUAAUGGAACAGGAGCGGUAUGGUCUGACGAUGUGGCAGUAGGUAUCAUCCUGGAAAAGGUACGGUAUGGUCUGGCAAUAUGGUACAAUGGUUGUAUGAUAAUCGGAGAGAGACAGUAUUGUCUGAUUAUGUGGUACAAUGUCUAUACGAUGAUCAUAAUGGUAUGGUAUGAUGAGACAAUAUAUGAUCAUACAGUAACAGUAUAAUAAUAACUACAGUAGGAACAAUGCAUUGUAGCUCUGAACUUAUACACCUCGCAUGCAUAUCUGCAUGUGUGACGUCAAAGUGUCAUUUACUUUUUCCUCGAAACGAGCGAGGGAGUCAUAUUAAUAUAAUAACGUUUCCGUUAUAUGUAGCUGCCGUGUAACGCGGCAGUCUUUUGGCAUCAUCAAAUCAUUUCAUUUUAUACAUUUUACAAUAAUAACAUUGUAUUAAUUUUUAUAUUUUCAUCGGCUUGACAAAAUUUUUAGUUCCCAUUUUUUUAAUUAAAUUCUUACUAUCGUACUUUUUAGUUUUUGCUGAUUAAAACGAGACCAAACACGAUAUACUUUAAUUGAUGUGUACCUAUUUCGCAGAUGAAAUAAGUUAAAUAUUAGAACUACUGUUGAUGGUUCUAAAAUAAAAAGAUAAAAUAUCUCAAUGCGGCCGAUCACAUGUUCUCAAGUGAGCAACAGCCUUAAAGUGACCUGCGUAUGAUCACACUGCUUCCGCGACCGACUGUCAGUUGACGUUUGGCUGCCAAACCGAACGGACGAUACAGCGAUACGUAACUGAUUCUUACAAUCAUAUAUUUAUACCAAACUAAAAUCAAAGCCAAAGAAAAAUUAAUAAACCAGAUAGAACUCUGGCACAUUGAUAUUAAAUAGAACACUGAAGUUCUGAACUGCAACGCUGUAUGCACGACGCUGACCUUUUUGUUAAGUAGAUUCAUUCGAUAUUCUACUUUAGGACUAGAGACUUUUGUGCAUUAACAUAUUGAUUUCUUGCUUUAUACGUGUACUUGCAUCACGGCUAUAAAUAUGCGGGAUGAGUCACCGGAGUCUGUAAUCUGACGGUGUCUUCCGAAAUUAUCGAUUUUAGUAACUAAUUUUUUGGCUAGUAAUUAUUUCGAGACAUAUUUUACGAGCUUACAAAUUUUUAGUGUUACCGAUUUAUAGAGAGCAAGUUACGGA